AAUUUCCGUUCAGUUUUCAAAACGACGUCGACGACGCAAAGUCGACAAUAGCGUCGCGCAAUCCACAAAAAAAUAAAUAAAUUAAAAUAAUACAACAAAAAUAUCAAAAACCAAAGUUUUGUAGAGCUAAUAAAGUGUUGUUUUUGGAGCACACAAAACACAAGCAGCUGUAACAGCAUAUAAACAACAAACAAACACUGAGACGAACGCAACAAUAACAACAACAAAAGAUGAGUGAUAACAGCUCAUUGGGUUCCAGUGCGCCGUUGGCAGACUUUGUUGUGCCACCGGACACAGACGAGGAGGUGCCCAUUGUGCCACUCGCUGAGCUACCCAAAAUGAGUGAAGUGCCACCAACAACUCCCACGCCGGAGGGCACACCACCUGGGUCAACACCUUCGACGACUAAUGGAACCACAAGUGUGUCAAAACCCCGCACCAAUGAUGAAGACAGCAUCUUCUCGGUUAUCUAUUCAGUGGGCAAAAAGAUUGCCAUUGUGGGCUCCAUUUAUCUGGUCGGCUAUAUGGGCUGGUCUGUAGCAUGGCUUAUAGCUCCAGUUAUUCUGUCAGUAGCACGCGAUCAGAUGGCCAAGACAUCUGCGAAGAAGCGCGACAUUGCCAAGGCAUCAGCUCUGGCCUCCGAGAAGGAUGUGAUACUGGCCCGCAUCGAUGAGCUGCCCGCCUGGGUAUAUUUCCCGGAUGUGGAGCGUGCUGAGUGGUUGAAUAAGAUAUUGAAACAAGUGUGGCCCAAUGCAAACCAUUUUGCUCGCAACUUGGUCAAGGAGACAAUUGAGCCAAAUGUGGCCCUGGCUUUAUCGCAAUACAAGAUGAACGGUUUUCGCUUCGAUCGUAUUAUUUUGGGCACCAUUCCACCCCGGAUUGGUGGUGUAAAGAUCUACGAUAAGAAUGUGGACCGCAACGAGAUCAUAAUGGACUUGGAUUUAUUCUACGCCAGCGACUGCGAUAUUAACUUCUAUUUGGGUGGCAUGAAGGGUGGCAUUAAGGAUUUCCAAAUCCAUGGCUGGGUUCGGGUUGUGAUGAAGCCACUGAUACGUUCCAUGCCACUGGUGGGCGGCCUUCAGAUCUUUUUCCUGAACAAUCCCAAUAUUGACUUUAAUCUGGUGGGAGUCAUUGACUUUAUGGACAUACCUGGUCUGUCCGAUCUGUUGCGUCGCAUCAUUGUGGAACAGAUUGGCAAUGUGAUGGUGUUGCCCAACAAGUUACCUAUUUCCCUCAGCGAGGAAGUCUCAGCGGUGUCACUCAAAAUGCCCGAGCCAGAGGGUCUAUUGCGAAUUCAUGUCGUGGAGGCCAAGAAUCUGAUGAAGAAGGACAUCAGUAUGCUGGGCAAGGGCAAGUCCGAUCCGUAUGCCAUUAUCAAUGUGGGCGCCCAGGAGUUCAGGACUCAGAUAAUUGAUAACAAUGUUAAUCCCAAGUGGGAUUAUUGGUGCGAGGCGAGUAUUUUUACCACCAUUAACCACUUGAUUGGUUUUUCAUUGUGGGACUAUGACCAAAGUAUGCCAGGCGUACAGGCUGAUGAUCUAUUGGGCAGAGCUUCAAUCGAUAUAUCCAGCGUGAUCAAGAAGGGUGUUCUCGAUACUUGGCUUACGCUUGAGGAGGCCAAGCACGGCGAUCUGCAUGUGCGCCUGCAAUGGUAUAAACUGACCGCCAAUCCCAAUGAUCUGCAGCAGAUCCUGUUGGAAACCCAACUGCUGCGUGUGACCACCAUGAGCUCCGCUGUGCUCAGCGUUUUCAUUGACUCCGCCAGGCAUCUGAAGCAAGCACGUUCCCACUCCAAGCCCGAUCCGUACCUGGUGUGCAGCGUUAAUAAGCAGAAGAAGCAAACUGCAAUGAUACUACGCGAUGAUUCACCUGUAUGGGAGCAGGGAUUUACCUUCCUAGUCACGAAUCCCGAUAACGAGUGUCUGAACAUUAAGAUCUAUGACCAGAAAACAGGCAAUGACAUCGGCCAAUACACUUACACCCUCAGCACUCUCCUCAAGCAGUUCAACAUGGAAGUUAUACAGCAGCCCUUCCAGCUGCAAAAAUCUGGACCCGAAUCGAAGUUAUAUAUGUCAUUAUCUCUGCGCAUCUUGAAGGCUGGUGAGAUUGACAAGGAGUCUGAUACCCUUGAACAAGUGGCAGCCCUGGCACGCAGCAGUUCCGUAAAGACGCCUGAUGCCACUGUUGUGGCCCCUCAAGCAGUGAAGGAUACCCAAGCGAGCAACAAACGCCUGUCCGCAGAGGCUCCCAUUGCCGAAGAGAAACCUGUUAAAGUAGCACCGGCUAUUCCAGCAUCCGCAUCGCUGGAGAAACCGAUCAGCGAGGUGGUCAGCACAGUGCUGACCCAUCGUAUGCCCGAAUCGACAUCAACGGCUGGAGAACACGGUCUGGGACGCAUUCAGCUCUCUAUAAUCUACUCGGCACAACGGCAGAAGCUCGAUGUUACCAUUCACAAGAUAAUGCAUAUACCUCUGCGUGAUCCCAGCAACAUACCAGAUCCAUAUGUCAAACUGUAUUUGCUACCUGGACGCAGCAAGGAUUCAAAGCGCAAAACGAGCAUUGUCAAGGACAACUGCAAUCCGACUUACGAUGCAACCUUUGACUACCUAAUUUCUAUUGCCGAGCUGAGGCACACGGAGCUCGAGGUUACGGUCUGCACACAAAAGGGUUUUCUGUCCAGCGGCAGUCCCAUCAUUGGCAUGCUCAAGAUAUCAUUGGAUGACAGUGAUAUUACAGCGCCCGGUGGAUUGAAGAGCUGGUUUGAUCUGCAGCCAGAGAUUAAGCACGAGUGAAGCUAAGAAAUGGGAAAUAUGCGACUCUGAAUCUCAAAACAGCACAAUCAACUAACACUAAACACUUUUUUAAAAACUGCAAUCAUUUUUUUGUAUUUGUUAUGUGUAAAAAUCGUAUUUAUACUCGUAAUUUCCAUUAAGAAACAAUGGUUGGAUUUUUAAGUCGAAAAUCAAAACUCUAUUAGUCGUGCCUCUAAAUCUUAACUCUUGAUUAUAGUCAAAUAAAGCGAACAAUUUGUGUUUUCAACUUUAUAUGUA